CAUCAUCAUCAUCAUCAUCGUCACUACCACCACCACGACCACCACCAGCAAUCCCCCUUCACCACAUCCAUAAACAGGCCGAGUAUUUGAACGGCCGUGUGUGCUUCCUCCACCAUCAUGCAGGUGGACAGCACACCAAAAGCCAUCCUGUACUGCUGGCCGACAUCAGUGCUGUCCACCGUCCCUCGGUUGUGUCUUCAUGAGAAGAACUAUGGUGACGACGAAUAUGUUCUCCACCACGUCGAUAUCACCAAAGGCGAGAACUUCUCCCUUCCAUACCUGAGAAUCAACCCCAAUGGCAUCUACUGUCCCAACACUUGCGGUGCCCGUAGCAGACAGCCCACCUCCAAAUACGCCUUCGAAUCCGCCGUCAAGCGACGACGAGCCGAGAGCAUCUGCGCUUUCGUUGACGAGUGCAAACCUCCGUCAUGGACGCCUGGGAGCACCUCAAAAGUCGUCCCAGUUCUGUUCCCGACGAUUGCAAGAGAGAAAGAGUUGACGGACCUCUUGGUGGCACUUGUCCGUGAUCCCUAUGUGGACCCAAACUUUCUCGAUUUGGCUGCAAGAGACGCCGGGGAGCUGGGGGUGAAGCUAGGCGCAUCGCAAGGAACGAUGCUGGCAACAAGACGGCUGGCUCUCAAGCGUUACGUUCACAUGGCACAUGACGAGCUCUCGCUCCUCACGCCCGUCUCGGCACUCAAGUCUUGGGAGCAGCAGGUUGUAAAUCUCCUCGAGGACAAGGCGGCUGCGAACCAGGCACUGUUCGAUAUUUACAGCAGUGACUUGGGUUUAGAUCGACAGCCCGAGUUUUUUGAAGCCAGCCGAGCGGCGUGGACAGUUCACGUCUCGGGCACAUUAUCCAAGCUCGAGGCGUCGAUGGUGGGGCCGUUUGCUCUGGGUGACCACCUGUCGAUUGCAGAUUGCUACAUCAUUGCGUGGUUGACAAGACUGGUAUCUCUGAGCCACGGCAAUCCAGGACCCGGUGGGAUUCAUGCGCUGGAGCCGAAUCUGGGAGGUCACAGGAUUGGAGCCAAGCUGGUGGCAUUCUGGCAGCAUUGGAUUCAACGGAAAAGCUUUCGCAAAGUGUUCACAGCGGCAUUCUGGCCCGAGCCGGCACUACCACGGUGACACGAGUAGGACGAGGGGUGUACAAUAGGCCGAAGGGAAUCAUUUGGUAUCACUGGCUGUGAGGACACAUUGUUGCAUUGUACUUCUUGGAUAUUGUGGGAAUGCGUAAAC